AUGGAUUCUAGAGAAAGGAGAAAAUUUAGAAAGACGGUUUUGAAUAGUAAUAGACAAUCAGUGAGAUCUACAUCAUCAAAUGUCGAAGAUGAUAUCUCAAAUUAUGGUAGGCAAUUACAAUCUUCAUCUGGGAGAACUAAUAUUCCCUACCCUAAUGAGAAUAUGGAUCCAAACAAAUGUCUACAGUUUCAACAAACAAACUUGCCACAUUCCUCUUCAGAUAUGACUAUCACAAAUCCAUUAUCUGAUAGUCCUAAUGAUGAAGAACUGGACCAUCCAGUAAUGUCUACAGACAAAAUUAAAGGAAUAUUUGAAGAGUACUUGGAUCACCGUGAUGAAAGUGUUAUUUGGGAAUGUUGUGAUGCAAAACUAUGGAAAGAUGAAGCUCUUCGAGGGAAAAAAUGCGGGACGAAAACAAGUUACUCCCUUUGUUGUCUUUAUGGCAAAGUUCAGCUUCCAAAAGAGAAAGAGAUGUGCUUUUCUGACGUAAAUCUGUUUUGUUGUGUGAACUCAAAAAGCAAAUACUUUAUGAAGAACAUUCGUCGUUAUAAUUCAAUGUUCUCAUUUACAUCAAUGGGUGGCAAAAUUGAUACUUCCAUUAAUAGUGGAAAUGCACCAUACGUAUACAGGCUUAAUGGUCAAAACUACCUUAGGAUGGGUAGUCUUCUACCAGCAGAUGGAAGAAAACCGAAAUUCUCUCAACUGUACAUAUAUGAUACCGAAAAUGAAGUUUCAAAUAGAUGCAGUUCAUUUAGUGAAAAACAAGAAGCUUCUGCAUCAAAUUCUGAUUCCCUUGAUAUUGAGAUUAUUCAAUACUUAAAGGACAUACUAGAUGCAAAAAAUGUGUUGGUGAAGUCUUACAGAAUUGCAAGAGAUUGUUUUGAAUGCUACCCGGAUGUCAAGGAUGAAAGAACAUAUAACCUUCCAACUGUUUCAGAAGUUGCAACUUUAAUUGUUAGAGAUGAUGGUGGUACAAUUGAAAAAAGAUAUAUCAUUGUACAAAAUCAGACAGGUUAUUUACAAUCAAUAAGUGAAUUACAUCCUUCUUAUCUUGCUCUUCAUUAUCCGUUGUUAUUUCCAUAUGGAGAAUGUGGUUACAGACUUGACAUUCCUCAUAGAGAGAUAACAUCUUCAAGCAAAAGUAAAAGAACAACUGUAACAAUGAGGGAGUUCUUCUCCUUCGAACUUCAAGAUAGAAGAAAUAUGUUUUCAUUACUUCUCAAUGCAAGGAGGCUUCUACAGCAAUUUAUUGUUGAUGGAUACACAAUGAUUGAAACUGAGAKRUUGCAUUAUAUACGUAAGCAGCAGAAAGUCCUAAGGUGCGAGACAUAUGAUACUCUAUGCAAUGUACAAGAAGAAGGAGAGUGGGUUCUUUCAAACAUUGGACAACAUGUUAUACUACCUUCUUCUUUCACCGGUGGUGCUCGGUACAUGAUGCAAAAUUAUUUCGAUGCAAUGUCCCUUUGUAAAUGGUAUGGAUAUCCUAACUUGUUUCUAACCAUGACUUGCAAUCCAAAAUGGCAAGAAGUUAGAAGAUUUGUUAAGGACACAGGCCUAAACCCAGACGACAGGCCUGCUAUUCAUUGUCGUGUAUUUAAGAUCAAGCUUGAUGCACUUGUAAGAGAAUUAAAAGAGAAUGAGUUUUUUGGAAAAAUUCAAGCAGUUGUUUAUACGAUUGCAUUUCAAAAGCAUGGCUUGCCUCACAGUCAUAUAUGUCUGUUUAUAUAUCAAGCCCACAAUAAUGUUGAGUGGUGCAAUCAGGCAUCUUCAAUCAAAUAUCUGUUCAAAUACAUCAACAAGGGUCCAAAUAGAGCUACUGUUGCAAUUGUCGAAAACAGUGAUGAUGCAGUCACUGUCAAUGCUGUUGAUGAGAUAAAACAAUAUUAUGAUUAUAGAUACCUUUCUGCAUGUGAAGCUUCAUGGCGUAUUUUUGGAUAUGAUGUUCAUUAUAGGACUCCUUCUGUUUUAAAACUUCCUUUUCAUCUUCCGGGACAACAACAAGUAGUGUUUGGUGCUGAAGAUAAUAUUGAUAAUGUACUAAACAUACCAUUUGUGGCGUCCUUAAUGAAAAAAGGGUUCUCGAUCGGACAGAUUCAUUCAGUUUCUCCUACUAUAGGAGAAGGGUAUUACUUACGAAUUCCGUUGAAUAAAGUCAAAGGUCCUAAAUCAUUUGAAGACAUUCGUACGGUUAAUGGAAAAACAUUUCUGACUUUCAGAGAUGCAUGUUAUGCACUUGGGCUUUUAGAUGAUGACAAGAAAUAUAUUGAAGCCAUUGAAGAGGCAAAUUUAACUGCAUCUAGUUUUUAUCUCCGCUUCUUAUUUGCAACCAUGCUGAUUUCAAACAGUUUAUCUAGACCUAAAUUUGUUUGGGAAAAAACAUGGCAAUACUUAGCAGAUAGGAUUUUGUACAAUCAACGAAUUGCUUUACAGUCGGCAAAUUUAUCUCUUAAUGAAGAGCAAGUGAAGAAUCUAACUUUGUUCGAAAUUGAAAAGAUUCUGCUUCGUAACAAUUCCACAUUGAAAAACUUCACCACACUGCCUUUUCCUGAUGAUAAUGACUCGCUUGAAUCCUCAAACAAUCGUUUAAUUGCAGAAGAACUGGAUUAUAAUCAUCAUAAUUUAGGAKAUGAGUUUCACACCCUUGUAACUACUCUUACAGAUGAGCAAAGAGGUGUGUAUGAUGAAAUCAUGACUGCGAUCGCAAAGAAAAAAAGCGGUGUAUUUUCUGUUUAUGGAUGUGGAGGAACAGAUUCUCUUUGCCAAAUGAAGCCAGAUAGUGAUGUUGCAGGCUUAAUAAAGAAAACUACUUUGAUAAUAUGGGAUGAGGCACCAAUGGUUCACAAACACGCAUUUGAAGCAUUAGAUAGAAGUAUGAAUGAUAUUUUCAAUGCUCAACGUAGUGGUGAAUCGUAUAUGAUUUUUGGGGGUAAGGUAAUUGUUUUUGGAGGCGAUUUCAGACAGAUUAUGCCAGUUAUUCCCAAUGCAGAAAUUGAACAAACAAGGGAUUUGGAAAAAUGGAUUUUGGACUUAGGAGAAGGAAAAGUUGGAGGUGAUAAUGAUGGUGAAACAGUUAUUGAGAUACCUCGUGAUAUUCUCAUUACCGAUUGCAUUGAUCCUAUAUCUACAUUAAUCGAGUUUCUCUAUCCCUCAAUUCUUGAAAACAUCAACAACUCAGCUUAUUUUCAAGAACAAGCAAUACUUGCCCCAAAAAAAGAAGAAAAGGAGUACUUAAGUUCAGAUACAUUAUGUGAAUCGGAGAAGCUUCAUGAUGAGUUCGAUAAAAAUUUGUACUCUCCUGAUGUUUUAAAUGGUCUUAAAUUAUCAGGAAUACCAAAUCAUAAGAUUCUACUAAAAGUUGGAGUCCCUAUCAUGUUAUUGAGGAAUAUUGAUCAGAAAUCUGGACUAUGUAAUGGUACUAGACUGCGUAUGUUGACAUUGGGAAAUCGAGUAAUAGAAGCACAGGUCAUAUCUGGAAGCAAUAUUGGAAGCCGUACAUUCAUUCCAAGAAUGUCCUUAACAUCUACAGACAAAAGGAUACCAUUCUAA